AUGGCAGCAACCCGUACGCGUGGUUCGGCGCGUAACCUUCGCUCCUCUCGUGGCUCGUCGUCCAAACGAAUCCUUGGCGCCAGUGACGGGGAGAGCUCGGGAACAGACAACCCACCAAGCAAAAGGGCGCGCUCGCAUGCUGCAGCGAGUAAUUUAGCUAUCCUGGAGAAGUUGGUUCAGCUUUUGGGGGAAUCUUUGGCCGCAGCCAACUCAGGGGCGGAGGGGACGUCCAAAUGGGCUGAGGAGUUGGUCGAUGCAUUCGCUAGCUUACAGGUUGAGCUGGAAUUCUACGAGCGCCAAAUUACAUCGAUUGUGACUGGAACAUGGGAGGAAAGCCUUCAAGCACAUCGCGCGGAUGGGUUCUGGAUUCCAGACUCGGACGCCGACGAUGAUUUACAGGAAUUUAAGGCGCACAAGAAGACCGCAUUGGAAAAGUUGAAGGGAAACAUCGACCUCUUGGCCAACUGUGCAGCGGAGGUGGCUGGAGCUGUAGAACAGGAAACCUUGGAGAGCGCCCUGCCCAACCGGUACCGCAAGGUCGACUCGGUUUUUUCCGAGCUUGGAGGUCUCGUUAAUGAGUGGGCAAAAGAAGAGGGCAAGGUUGAUUUGUGCCAGAUGAGAAAGUACGAUGCAACAAUCGCUGAGGAACUGAAACGGAUAUCUAAGGAAGAGCGCCUGAUCGUGGAGGAAGAAGAGGACAAAAGAAUUUUGGAAUUCAAAACAGCGAUUCGGGAAAAGGCACUCUUGACGUAUCAGUGCGCGAUGGAAUUACAGUUGAUUGUGGGUUCAAUGUACAGUGAACGAGGUUAA